UUUUACUGUAGCAAUUCUGCAUUGACAAAAACGAGAUAAAAAAAAAUCUGUUCACUUAGCUCCAUUGUAAAAUGUUAUUAAUUUGUGAUUAGCUAAAAAUCAAUCGUUAAUUCUAAUUCUCUUUUUGAGCCAUUCUCUAGCGGAACGAUACUCACUUACUCUAUAGUAUAUCGUUACAAGCCAAUUAAAACAUCAUUUCCAUUCACAUUUUUACAUCAUUUCACACUACACAUUUUGGCAUGUCAUCCACCAUCCCUUCAGCAGCGGCGCACCAAUCCUAAGCUGUCAUUGAGUCUAUGUACGAAGCACGUGGGUGACCAGGCCCGCCAGCUUGUCACCAGUCAGCGAACUUUCAACGCAACCCGACAACCCUCAGCGAGUUACCGACGAUUGCCCAGUCCGUGCAACGUUCAAAUCCAAAAUAAGCUCUCCGGUAUCCAUCCCGGCGUUCACCGCGGCAGAGAAAUAAACCCCAUCCGAAAAUAAAACAUGUCUAUCCAUAACCCCCUCACCACCCUACACCCCUGUUUAGCUCCGGUGACCCCUGGCAGCAAAGAUGAGAAGGCAGCUGAGCAGCAGAUUGGCAGUAGCCCAAAUAUAGACAUCCCACCAGUCAUCGGAAUCCAAAUUCGAGUGGAGAUGAGGUGCCAAACCCCAAAAAAUACCAAGAACAAACUAACAGAGAAAGAAAGUUCUUCCUUAAACAGAGGCGUCCACCACACCAUCCAGGUUGACGAACCAGAGAAAACAAACCGGAGUAAAUUACCUGGUUUUCAGAACUACUCUGCUGGUGGCUGCAAACUCCAGACGUAAAGCUUGAUGGCCGCAUGAGAGGCCUGCUCCGGGAACUCCUCACUCGUUGGUUCCACGAAGAACACCAUCAAUCAUGUAAACUGAACCAUCUGUAAGUUCUCUGAAGCAGCAAUGAAAACGAACAUGAACCUAGACAUUCUGAGGAUCUAAGGAGCAUUUGACACGCGACCCUAUCCACAUGUCCUCUAGCUCCUCAGCACUCCGCAACCAUUCUGGCGUCCGUUUGAAGAUGACGAUGUUGCACCCACCGGAUAGUUUUCACCAUGGUUUUGAAUGAAAAGGGAAAGUAGAGUGCGGACUAAACGGAAAUCAACUGAAGCACGAACCGGUGGUCGUGAAACCACCAGAUUCCGGUGACCAUAUCUUCAGUGACUUAAAAAUAGCUCGCUUCCCUGAACUUUGAUCAUGAAUCUCCGGCCGCUGAAAGGGCAGCCAACACCGUCGACGAUCUACCUACUAAAACAGAGAACCACAACCCAGCUCUAAUGAUGCCCUCAACUGGAAGCCUCUUGUCCGAUUCCAAUGGAUGGAAGGCCAAAUACGAAACAUCUGUUCAGAACAUUUGGAUUCAAAUAUACAACAAUCAGCAAGGGAAAGAGAGACUGAUAUACUCCUCGUAUUGGCAAAUGAAAAAGAGACUGGCGCCUUU